AUGAAUAUAUCAAUUUUACUGAGGCAUUCAGGAAUUUGGGUCAGCGAAGUGAAAUAUGAAAGUUACAAAAGUGACGGAAUAGUUGUUGGACAAUCAGUUUCAUUUUUGAAUCUCAAAGCAGCAAUUUCAGCCGAGUUGGAUAUCGAUGUAUCAAGGAAAAACAUUGAAAUUAGUUACACCAUAGAAGGUAACUCGUCUCCAAUGAAAAUUAAGAACGACAUGGGUGUUAAACUUUAUUUAGAAGUGAAAAAAAGUGAGCCAAGAUUUGCAAUGUAUCCAUUAUGCAUUGACACAAAUGAAAAGAUUGGCGGUGAUAAGGCACUAACACAGGAUACAGAAGCUCUUGCGGUGGUUGAAUCAAGAAUUUGUGAUUCAUAUUAUAUCCCAGAAUUGGAAGUUACAAAUUACAUAAUUGAUUCAAAUAGUAUAGAGGUGAAGACAGGUCAGUUAUAUAAGGAUAAAGCAACACUCGUAGAUGUGAUGGCGAAAUAUAAGAUAAAGAACAAUUUCAAUUGCAAAGUAAAGAGAUCUGAUAGACAAAGUUAUGUGUUGGUAUGCUUUUCGGAUGAAUGUGGCUGGACUAUGAAGGCUUCCUGCAGAAAAAAAUCUGAUGUUUUCAAAGUUAGAUACUUCAAUAGUGAGCAUACGUGUCCAAUGCGGGAUAGGGUACUAACCAAAGUCCAAGCAACAGUCGGGUUUGUAAGUGGUGUGACUGCUCCCAAAUUGGUCAACCAUAAAAGAAUUCAUACUCCAAAAGAUAUAAUUGUUGAUAUUAGAGAAUUCUAUGGGAUUCAAAUAUCUUACCAGCAGGCAUGGUGUGCUAAAGAACAUGCACUAGAAAUGAUAAGGGGUAAACCAUCGGCUGGAUAUAGACAGAUGCCGAGAUACAUAUACAUGUUAAAUACUGUUUAUCCAAAUUCUUAUAUAAGGAUGCAGAAGACUAAGGAAGAUGAAUUUAUGUAUCUGUUCAUAGCCUUAAGACCAUUGAUUAGGGGGUUCGAUUACUGCAGACCAAUAGUUGUUGUCGAUGGUGCACAUCUGGGCGGAGCUUACAAAGGGACGUUUGUAUCAGCAAGCACCCUUGAUGGGGCAGGUUGCAUAUUUUCAUUGGCAUAUGGUAUUGUGGACACUGAAAAUGACUGUUCAUGGACAUGGUUCUUCGAACAAUUCAAAAAUGCAUUUGGCGAGCGCGAAGAAAUGUGUGUUGUAUCAGAUAGGAAUGAGAGUAUUAUGAAAAGUGUAAGGAUUGUGUUUCCAAAUAUACCUCAUUAUGCAUGCAUAUGGCAUCUUUGGAAGAAUGUCUGUGGAAACUUCAAAAGGAGCAGAAACACCCUAAGUGAUCUAUUUUACUCUAUGGCCAAGGCAUACAGAAAGGAGGAUUUUGAUAAAUUGAUGGCUAAGGUUGAUAAAAUUGAUCACAGGGUUAAGGAGUACCUUGAGGAUGCAGGGUAUGAGAAGUGGUCGAGAGUUCAUUCAACAGUAAAUAGAGGUAGAACGAUGACUUCGAACAUUGCGGAAUGUAUCAAUGGUUGUCUUGUUGAAGCACGGCAAUUGUCUAUAUUAGAAUUCUUGGAAGAAGUUAGAAUUCUAUUUGGUUCUUGGCAUUGCAAAAACAGAGAAAUAGCCUCCUAUACAAAGGACACAUUAGGGAGAAGAUUUGAGGAGGUUGUUCCAUCAUCUGAAUUUAUUUUCUCGGUUUAUGAAGCUGGAAGAAGAUACAUUGUUUGUCUUGAGCGGAAAGUAUGUUCUUUUGGAAGAUUUCAACUAGAUGAAAUACCUUGCGCACAUGCAAUCGCUGUUUUAAAGGAAAAGAAUGUUAAAGAUAUGCAUCCAUAUUGCUCUGAUUACUACAAGCCUGAUGCAAUAGCGAAAACAUAUGAGACUCCAAUGGUUCCAAUGCCAGAUAAGGAAGAUUGGUCAGCUCCUGAGGAUGUUGUAGCUGAAACUGUGUAUACACCUAGAUACAGACGAUUAGCUGGACGACCAAGGAAAAGAAGAAAAAAAAUUGCAGAUGAAAAGAUUACAGUGAACACAAAUUGUUGUGGACAAUGUGGACAAGAAGGUCACAACAGAAGAACUUGUACUUUCUUUCCAAAAGAAAAGUGA